UUAUCACAUAUUUCGACCUAUCGACCUGUUCUUGUCAGAGGACAACAACAUGGUGGACGAAGCAGAAAGCACGACAACAAGCGCAACCGAAUCUAUUUAUCGGAAAGCUGCUGUUAGUAAUAAUCCGGAUAUGGGCUUUGAAGAAGAAAUGAAAAACCUAAAGAACAAAUUGAAUGGAUGGAAGCAGGUUUUACAACCAUUAUAUUCAGCACUGAUCUGGGAGCAGUCAUAUUACCCUGCAAUUCUGACUGGUAUCGUCACCCUUAUAUUCAUUCUUCUGUGGUAUUUCGAGCCAUCAGUACUCACCACUUUCUCCCUGCUUGGGAUUGUCGUAUGUGUAGCUGACUAUGCAGUUCCCAUCAUGUGUAGCACAUUCUUAGAUGCCUCCAAGUGGACAGAAACUCAAGAAAACAAGCAUGAAGAAAUAUGCAAGGCCAUCAUCCAAACAAAGCAGCAAACUUCUGAGCUUUGGUCAUCCUUCAUUCAGCUUCGAGAUACUAUGCCCAAACUUUAUUUUGUGAGUGUGCUGGUUAUCUUGUUGGUUGUGGCCUGGAUUGGUAAUGUUGUGGACAGUAUGCUUCUCACUUACUUUCUUGUGUUAGCAAUUGUGAUGAUGCCUGGUCUGAAGCAUCAAGGAAUUAUCCAGAAGUUCAUCAGCCAAAGAGCACAGCAGCUAAAGAAUAUCCUUGGUCAGAAGUUGAAAAAGAAUUAAAUUUCUCUUUGUGAGUGAAAGCCAACAUCCUUCUCAUUCUUUGUAGUUGCAUUCCAACAUUAUACCACUCCCUGUCUCUGUUGUUGUUGUUUUUUUCUCAAAUUUUAAUGCCAACCUCUAUGAUUUUUAUAGUUCAAAUCCAUAUUCUAAUUGAUGUGAAAGGUUUAAGCAAUCAGGUGUUUGUAAUAUUCUCUUUUUGAUACCUUGACAAGUAGAUUUUAACAUAGAUUUUGAAUGGUAAUGUGCUUGUAUUCUAAAUUAUUUUAAUGUUUUAUUCUUGACUAUAAGCUUUGAUAAAUGUAGAUGAGUAGGUAUAUUGUCUAAAGUGCAAAGUUUGGUUUGGUUGUAGACGCACUGUGUUUAUUUUAAUCUUGCGAUUUUAGCUAUCACUAUAGGUAUGUUAGUGUACUUUUUUGAUAAGCUAUUAUUGUUAACUAUGAUUUGUUGUUGAUAGUUUUGAACACAACAGAGAUGAUUUUGUUUUUAAUUCAGUAAUGUUUUUUGUUCUUUACCUUAAUAAAAUAACUACAGUGUCGAUUAAAAAAGUUGGGAUAAAUAAAAUAAGUGUGGUUCUGGUUACGGAUAAAAGAAAAAAAUAAAGAAGAGGUAACUUUUUUUUUUUUUCUCACAUGAAAGUGUAAAAAUUUAAUUUUUUUCCUGACACUAUAUUAUUUCCAGAAAUACACACUUCAUUUCAGUUCAAUGUUUACACGGGCCCGGCAUGGCCAGGUGGUUAGGGCACUCGACUCGCAAUCUGUGGGUCGUGGGUUCGAAUCCCCGUCAAACCAAACAUGCUCGCCCUUUCAGCCGUGGGGGCAUUAUAAU